AUCUGUUGGGCUGCACUACACUAGUAUAUAUACCCCUUUGGUCUCGCUCACCUCCCCCAUAGCCAAUUCUUCUCUUUUCUUCUCUCCAAUCCAUCCCAAGGCCAAUUCAAUCCAUCCCAAUCCACCAAUUCCUCCAACACUCCUCCAAAAUGUCUGGCCUCCCCCCCGUUUACAUCGUCUCAGCUGCCAGAACCCCCGUCGGUUCUUUCUUGGGCUCCCUGUCAAGCCUGAGUGCCACUCAGCUCGGUGCUGCCGCCAUCAAGGGAGCCGUUGAGCGAUCUGGCGUCAAGCCCGAAGAUGUCGAGGAGGUCUUCUUCGGCAAUGUUCUCUCCGCCAACUUGGGUCAGGCUCCCGCCCGUCAGGCCGCUGUCGGUGCUGGCCUUUCCAAGAACGUCGUCACCACCACCGUCAACAAGGUGUGCGCCUCUUCCCUGAAGGCCGUCAUCCUCGGUGCCCAAAACAUCAUGCUCGGUGUCAACCACGUUGUCGUCGCUGCCGGUGCCGAGUCCAUGUCCAACACCCCCCACUACCUGCCCACCCUCCGCACCGGCGCCAAGUACGGUGACCAGUCCCUCGUCGACGGUGUCCUCAAGGACGGCCUGACCGAUUCCUUCAAGAAUGAGCACAUGGGUCUCCAGGGCGAGCUCUGCGCCGACGAGCACAGCAUCAGCCGUGAGGCUCAGGAUGAAUAUGCCAUCAACACCUACAAGAGGGCUCAGGCUGCCACUGAGGCCGGUCUCUUCAAGGAGAUUGUCCCCGUUGAGGUUAGCGGUGGCCGAGGCAAGCCUCCCGUUGUCGUUGACCGAGAUGACGAGGUCAAGAACCUCAACGAAGCCAAGCUCAAGGCUAUGCGCCCUGCCUUCAAGUCUGACGGCUCCAUCACCGCCCCCAACGCUGCUCCCCUGAACGACGGUGCCGCUGCCGUUGUUCUGGUCUCUGAGGCCAAGCUCAAGGAGCUUGGACUGAAGCCCAUUGCCAAGAUUCUCGGCUGGGGUGAUGCUGAGCGUGAGCCUGAGCGAUUCACCAUUGCUCCCGCUGCUGCCAUCCCCAAGGCCAUCAAGCACGCCGGCCUUACCCCUGCUGACGUCGACUACUACGAGAUCAACGAGGCCUUCUCCGUCGUUGCCCUCGCCAACAUGCAGCUCCUCGGCCUCACCCCCGAGAACGUCAACGUCUUUGGCGGUUCAGUUGCCAUUGGCCACCCCCUGGGUGCUUCCGGGGCCCGUAUCCUGACUACCCUGACCUCCGUCCUUGCGGAGAAGAAGGGCAAGAUUGGCGUUGCCGGUAUCUGCAACGGCGGUGGUGGCGCCUCUGCUCUGGUUAUCGAGAACCUGCAGUGACUGCCUACCCCUGAAUCAAAUUCCGGACUGGGGCCGUCGAAAUUAUAAGCAUUUAUGAAUAUAUGAGUCAAUAAUUAAAGCGAGGUAGAAAAAGCUUGGUUGGGCAAAGAGAUUUAGACCCGCCCGCAAUAUAUAUACCGCCAUACACCUACAUGAGAUUUGGCUGGGCUGGAGUUGGAUUAUACAUAGGAAACGUUAAAAAAACAAAAUACAAAUUCAAAAUUUUACAUUUGCAC